UGGAAGUCGUUGAGAGCGGAUCACGAAAUGUUCUUCUUAAUAUACUUGCUGAGCGCCAUAUCAGCUUUGCUGGUAUUCUUUGUGUACCAACAAAUGACCUAUUGGAAACGCCGCGGAAUUCCCCAGGAUCCGCCACACCCGAUCUAUGGCAAUGCUGUCGGAUUCCGCAAAACUCACUCGCUUAGCGACAUCAUGAUAAGAUACUACAACAAGUUCCGAAAGAGUGGGCAUCCCUUUGUGGGCUUUACCUUUGUUCAGAAGCAAUGCGCUUUCAUUAUGGACACCAAACUGGCAAAGAAUAUUCUCAUUAAGGAUUUCUCGAACUUUGCCGAUCGCGGACAGUUCCAUAACGAACGCGACGAUCCUCUCACUGGACAUCUCUUUAAUUUGGAUGGCAAACGUUGGAAGGAGAUGCGUCAAAAACUGUCGCCCACAUUCACGUCUGGCAAGAUGAAGUUCAUGUUCCCCACAGUCAUCAAAGUGUCAGAGGAAUUCGUAGAUGUAAUGAUGGAGAAUGUCCCAGCUAAGACUGGAGGAGCCGUCAUUGAAAUCAAGGAUCUGCUGGCACGCUUCACCACCGAUGUCAUUGGCACAGUUGCCUUUGGCAUCGAUUGCAACACUCUUCGUAAUCCUGACACGGACUUCCGUAAAAUGGGCCAAAAGUUUUUCACUGAGCUGAGACAUGGAAUCGUGUUGACUGCAUUUCAGUUCAGUUUCCCGAACUUCGCAAGAAAAUUGCGCAUGCGAUUGAUUCCAGAAGACGUCCAUCAGUUCUUUAUGGGCUUGGUUAAAGAGACCAUUGCACUCAGGGAGAAGGAAAACAUCAAACGCAACGACUUUAUGCAGAUGCUCAUCGAGUUGAAGCAGAAGGGAAGCUUCACUCUGGAUAAUGGUGAAGUAGUCACGGGAUUGGAUAUUGGAGAGCUAGCAGCACAGGUGUUUGUCUUUUACUUGGCUGGCUUCGAAACCUCUUCAGCAACCAUGACAUACGCUCUCUAUGAACUGGCCCAACAUACAGAUAUUCAGGAUAGACUUCGGGAAGAUAUUCAGGAUGUUCUGCAAAAACACGAUGGAAAGCUGACCUACGAAUGUAUAAAAGACAUGCAAUACGCGGAUCAGGUUAUCUCUGAAACCCUUCGUCUGUACACUCUCGGACCCUUCCUCGAAAGGAAAGCACUUGACGAUUAUGUGGUACCUGGCCAUCCCAAAUAUGUCAUAGAGAAGGGAACACAAAUCAUUCUUCCUGCUGUUGGCUAUCAUAUGGAUGAAGACCUUUAUCCCGAACCAGAGAAAUUCGAUCCGGAACGAUUCUCGCCCGAGCAAGUGGCAGCUCGUGAUUCCGUAGAGUGGCUGCCUUUUGGAGAUGGACCCAGAAAUUGUGUGGGAAUGCGCUUCGGCCAAAUGCAAACGCGAAUCGGGCUCGUCCAGCUUAUAAGGAACUUUAAGUUCACAGUUUGCGAUAAAACUGAUAUACCCCUUACUUAUGAUCCGAAAUCACUUGUACUUGGCACUAUCGGUGGGAUUUAUUUGCGGGCGGAGCGUGUUUGAAAUACAAUUUG